UAACAUGUCGGCUGUCACAGACAAGGGACUGAAGAACACAGUGUGGCAGAAAAUCAAAACCGAAAUUUUAGAUGACUGUAAAAAGGAAAACGAAUGGAAGAUUCUAGUCUUAGAUGAGUUUACCACCAAGCUGCUAACAUCAUGUUGCAAAAUGACGGAUUUGCUGCAAGAAGGCAUCACAGUUGUGGAGGACAUCUAUAAAAAAAGGCAACCAGUUCCAGAUUUAAAGGCCAUUUAUUUUAUUUCACCAACUGAGAAGUCUAUAGAAAUUCUGGUGAAUGACUGUAAGGCCAAACAGUGCAAGUACAAAACUUUGUAUGUUUACUUCAGCGAUACAUGCCCUGACAGCCUCUUUGCCCGGCUAAAAUCUUGUGCCCCCAAAUCAAUAAAGAAGUGCAAGGAAGUCAAUAUUUCUUUUUUCCCCAGAGAGUCUCAGGUGUUCCUGCUAGAUCUCCCUGAUGCGUUUCACUUGUUGUACAGUCCAGAUAAAUCUGUGAAUAAAGAAUCUGCGAUGCACACCAUUGCUCAACAACUAGUGACACUGUGUGCUACUCUGGAUGAGAACCCCGGGGUUCGCUAUAAGAGAGAUCCAAUGGAUAAUGCUGAAGAUCUGGCUAACUUGGUGGAAGAGAAACUUGUUCAGUAUUACAAAAUUGAUGAAAAGGACCAGUUUAAGGGGAAAACUCCGGCCCAGUUACUCAUACUUGACAGAGGAUUUGAUCCAGUUUCUACACUACUGCAUGAACUAACUUUUCAAGCAAUGAUUUAUGAUCUUUUGCCUAUUGAAGAUGAUGUUUACAAGUAUCAAACAGACACCCCCCUUGGGAUAAAAGACAAAGAAGGUCGAUUAGAUGAGUCUGACGAAUUGUGGGCAAAAAUUCGUCACAAACAUAUCGCUGAUGUCUUAGAGGAGCUACCAAAACUUGUUAAAGAAAUUUCUUCUGCCAAAAAAGAAACAGAUGGCAAGGUAAUACUAAGUAAUUUGUCCAACCUCAUGAAAAAGAUGCCACAUAUCAAAAAACAGAUGAACAAGCAAACAUUGCAUAUCAAUCUAGCUGAGGAUUGCAUGCAGAAAUACAAGGGGAAUCUUGAGAAGCUCUGUAAAGUUGAACAGGAUCUGGCACUAGGGAAAGAUGCCGAGGGCCAGAAGGUGAAAGAGCACAUGCGUGUUUUGCUGCCAGUUUUGAUGAAUAAAGACCUGGAGAAUUAUGACAAGAUUAGAGCCAUCCUUCUGUACAUCUUUGUGGAAAACGGGACAACACAGGAGAACUUAGACCGACUUAUACAACAUGCCAAGAUAGAGAGCGAUGGAGAUGUGUUAAAAAACUGGAAAUAUAUUGGUGUUCCGAUUGUCCCAAAGUCUACACUGCGCAAACCAGCCAGGAGGGACAGAUCAAGAGAAGAAACAUUCCAGCUUUCUAGAUGGACACCAGUGAUAAAAGAUGUCAUAGAGGACCAUUUUGAGGGCAAAUUAGACUCCAAGGAGUGGCCGUACUGUUCAGAGUGUCCGCUAGUUUGGAACGGUUCUGGGGCAGUCAGUGCCCGACAGAAACAAAAUACACUGAGCCGCGAAGAACGAAAACCGGUGUCUAAGCUGAUUAUUUUUGUGAUUGGAGGGAUCACACACUCUGAAAUUCGUAGCGCUUACGAAGUGACGCAAGCCAACAAGUCUGUCCAGGUUUUAAUUGGCUCCACUCAUAUCGCAACACCUAAGAAAAUGUUGGAUGACAUUAAGGACCUCACCAAUCCUCGACUGCCUAAAGAGACCUUCACUCUAAUGGAGUGAAUGUGUGUACUCUAUGAAUGCAUGUCAUUACAUUUUGAGACGCAUAUCUGCACCUUGAGUUUUAUGCUUGUGUUGUCGAGUUUUGAAGAGCAAUGUGUGUUGUUCAAUGCGAUUUAACUGGAUUUUGUGGCAUAGAAACAAUGUCCCCCAAAAUGCAUGUUGCCUUCACAAACAAAGCGUGCCUUAUUCAAACUAACUCAACCACUGAACUUCUGGGAAACGCACUGAAGUAUAAGCCUGUGCAGCUCAAAUGUCAAGAUUUUAAUGUAAAUGUGCUAAAGUAUAUACUGUAUAUGUAAUUCUACUAUAAUUGAGAUAUCAUGUGGAAUUCCACCUAUCUA